AAUUCUAGUUAAACUAAAACGGUAUGAAGUAUCCUCAACUAGUGUCGCCUCGUGCCGUGAACGCCAUCUCUGAUUGGUUAGUAUCACGUUUGGAGCAAUUAGGCGUCGAAUCACCACAGAUCUAUACAAGACUACUACUAUCUCUCUUACAAUCGUCAGUUCAAGUGAAUGAUCCAAUUGAAUUCAGCAACUUGGAAGCAUUUUUUGCUAAUCGCAAAGGAGGUCACAGCAAACGUUUUCAUUUGCCCUCCGAUACUGAGACAUUGAAGAAACUAAAUGCCGUACAAUGUUUAAGGGAAAUUGUUUCAAAUGAACAGGAGACUGCUGCUAUAGAAAGACUUGUUGAUGAAUUGUGUGAAAAACUAAAGGAUAUUGAAAAACGUAGCCAAGAAUUGAAUGAUGAAGAACGUUUUCUAAUCGAUACCCAAUUGAAAAUUGAUACAUUGUCAUCGUCUGGUCCAGCUAAUACUGGCAUAAAUCAUCAACAACAUCACAACCAAUCACUAUCAUCAUCCUCGGCAUCCUCUUCAACAUCAACGUCAUCAUCUUCGGCAUUUUCUGCACAACCACAAAUUUCUUCGGCUUCUCAGAGAGAUCAACAACAACAACAGCAUCAUUCACGUCGUAACGGGUCAAAUGCUAACAAUGAAAAUGCUAUAAACGAUAGCGAUAACGAUCCCAAAAAGCGUUAUUUUCGCGCUUUUCCUGCCUUGUCAAAGGAAAUGGAAGACUCUUUUCGUAUAUGGCGUCGUAAUGCAAAAUCUUUAACUUGGCCAAUAGUGGGACGUUCCUCGGUUUCGGUUACUGAAAAUCAAAAUCAUACAUCCGAUAAUUCUCACCAAACUUCUACAACAAGUGUAUCGUCUCUUGCUGAUAAUAAAAUUCUUGAAAAGAAGUCGAAAUCAUCAGGCUUUGGAGUUGAACAACAUUUGGAAAUUCAUAAUAAACUAAAGGCAGAAUAUACUGGAGAUAGUGCCAUUGGCCGUUCAGGAUCUAGUUUGUGUGGUGACGUACAACAACAAGGAGCAGCAACAACAGCAUUAGGAGCAGCGGCAAAGAAGAAAUCUAAACGUCGCCGAAAUCAAGCUUUGUGUAAAGGAAAACAAAUUCCAAAUCUACGCAAACCCACUACUACGUUGAGUGGCAACAACUCCAAUCCAAAUACUGGUAAAUCAGCACAUCAUCGUAACACUUCACCAGCUUGGGAUACAGAUUUUAAAGGCUGCUGGGAAAUGGGUCCCGAUUUAAUUAAAGAAUUUUUGGCUCGCCAAAAGGGCUCCACCAAACGCAGUCGCAGCAACUCAGAUAGCAUGGAUGCCGAUGCACGCAAUGAAUACAAAAUGCUUAGUGAAAUACCAAAAAGUGAUGAACUGCUUAGCGGCAUAGAGCGUCCGUUAAUGAAACGCUACGUUGACAUUUCGUUUUGUUGUGACGAUUCAGAUGAUCGUCAAAAUUAUGAAGUCGUGACCGACGAUGGUGUUGAUUAUGUCGAUGAGGAUUAUGAUGAUGAUAAUACCUUGGCCUCAAUUGAAGAAUUGUCAAGUGGCAGUGCGGCCAAUGCCGUCAUUAAUGCCCGACGUUUGUAUCAACGCGAGGGUACCUUGGCAAAGCCGUUCAUAGUUUGCAGUGCCGGUGAUGAGAGUUAUUUGGACGACAGCUCUGAAUCGGUGGAUCAUUUGGACUUUGCCAAUUUCAAAGCAAAAUUCAAUAGCAGUGUUGAGGCUCUCUGGAAGGAUGUUGAGCCCCAAUCUACGGCAUCUUCACAACAACAAGAAACCAUUGAGAGUGCUGACAAGUCUGGCUCAAUCGCCAAUUCAAUUGGAAUUUCAUCGGCCUUCUAUGCCACAACAUCCCUAAAUGCUUUGGCUCCCUUCAAACAGGACUUGUGGAAUUUCUGGUCUAACUACAACAACCAACAGCCUCAGGCGUCCUAUGAACAAAUGACGAAAUUCUCGAACAAUGUCAACUCGACAUCAUCCAUGAUAACAACAACACAACGUUUAGAUGACAGUAGCGCUAGUUCUGGCGCUGGCGCCGAUAUUGCUAAUUCAAGUGAUUACUACUCUAUGCCCAGUAAUUUGGAUGAUUUCGAUAAGUCGGUGGGUGCAAUGCGUCGCAUUAAUGAAGCUGGUGCUUCCCUGGGUGUUGGCGGAGUUAGUGGUAGUGGUGGUUCACAUACACCAUCCAUUAACCUAUUUUUGCAGAAUUCCAUUUGGUCAUCAUCGGGAGAUUGUGUUGAUGCUGUGGGUGCUGUUAAUGGUGAAACUGAUGAGAGUUUCCUGUACAAGGUUUGGCAUUCGAAUAAGAAAUUAAGUCAGAUUGACAUUGCCGCCAAGAAUAAAGCGGAAAAGAUCGUUGCCAAUGCCAUGGCUGAUGGAGAAGGAGAUAUGGAUAGUGGUUCUGUUAUUUAUAAUAAAGGCAAUGAGACCGCGGCAGCCUUACACAUGGAAGGGGGAAAUGGUGCUAAACUUGAUUUUCCUCCCUACAACAGUUUGAAGUGGUCUGAGGGCAUAAAUGGCGGUCCUGCUUAUAAUAGCAUGCGAUCUAAUGUCGUCACCUCUGGAGAUCUAGAAACUUGUGGUGAUGUUGGUAAAUACGCAGCUGCUUAUAACUCAGCAGGUGUGAUUACAUCAACUGGUGCCAAUUGGGAAGCUCCUAUUUAUGGUCAAAAUACUCAACCAGAUCUAAAAUCCUGGUGUGCCUCUAAUCCCAUGUCUUUGACCGAAAUGUAUGGCAGUGAUGUUUGUGACAGCAUUGCCCAAGAUGUUGCUGAGUCCUCCCCUAUGCCACCUGGUCCCGAAGUUACAUUGCCCAAUCAUUGUGAGGCUACCAGUGGUUUUAUUGCCUAUGCUCGCAUUAAGGCUAGCGGCAGUGUCAUUCAACCCCAAACGAAGCCAUUGCAAUCCCAACAACCCAUUGCUCACAUGGCCAGUAGCGACUAUUUUCGUGGUGGCGAAGAAGAAAAUCUCUUGACUUCCGAACGUACUCAUUUUCAUCCCAUCGAAACCUAUGUUGAUGGCUACACAUUCGAUAUAAGCAGUGCUUUGGAUUGUGUUGAAUUUGAGCGCAGUGCCAGCGGCUAUUUAUGCCAUGAGUCCAAUGAAUAUUUGGAAUAUACAAGAAAUGAUAUAUAUGUGGCUGAUGAAGAGGUGUCCAAUACCAAUUUAAUGAAUUUUUCAGCCACUGCUUCGUCGCAAGUGGCCGAUGGACGUAUACACUCGGCCAAAGAAAAAUCUGAAAAUAAGGAAACGUUUGUGCUAAAGUUCAAGUUAAAACGUUCGGGAGAAAUCGCCUGCCAAACAGAAGAAAUUGAUUUCCAAUUGGCAGCAGCCAAAAUGUCUAACCACCAGCAAAUGACUGGCAUUGAUGCGAUGGAAAUGUCCAUGUUCUCUCUGGACAAUUCGUUGACUCUUAGCAGGCAAGCAAAUAAUGAAGCCAUCAUGGCAGCAGUAACUCAAGCUGUAGCCGCAGCUGCUAAAGCUGCCGCUGAACAGCAAGGCUUGCAUACAACUGCACAUCAUAACUCUAGCCUAGCUGCUUGGGUACCAGCAGCCACACGUUCGGAAUGUAGUCAAUCAUGGGUCCAAGAUGCCUCGCUGUGUGAUGAAGUUGAUUUUUGUCGUGCAACUGCUGCUUCGGCUGAGCAACUUAGCCAAUUUUGGUCUAUGCAAGAAGUCGAAAAGCAAUGCCAUAAACGUCGCUUGCCCCCCAGGGCAACUUUUGCCAGAGCCGAUUUGGAUAGAAAUGAGGAUAGUUCGUUGGACAAUUCUUCGCAUACCCUGUGGGGUAUGUGCGCCGUUUGUAAUAGUUGUGAUUAUGGCAAGUCAUUGCCAGCCAAUCGCUUGCUACGCGAUGAAUUAAAAUUGGAAGCUGAUGAGAUAAUGAGCGACUUGCGCUACAUGCAAGAUUUGUAUAUUGGCGAAAGUGAUUCGGUGGCCGAAAAUGCUAAUGAUGUUGAUAAUGGUGGCCUCGAGGCUGGCAGACAUGAAACAUUCGGUAACGAAGGAAAGCAGGAAUAUAAUGUGGUCGCAAAUACUCAGGAUCCCAAUGAGAGUGCUGUACAGGCCAUAAUGCUGCUUAAAGUCAAUCAAUUAAUAGAGGACUUGUUGAGGCCCGAACAAACGGGCAAAUUAGUUAGAUGUAAAUUUGAGGAGGAAACAAUGGCUCAAAAUGUGCCAAUUGCUAACGAUUGGUCAAUGAAUGUGGACGAUGAUGCUGUUGAUAAUUCAAAUUCUUGGCAUUUUGGUGGCGGUAGCCAAACUUCCCAAGCCAUGCAUAAUAUUUGGCAACACGAUGCCGCCGUAGAGAAUGUAGAAAAAGAGAAGGCAAAAUUCGUUGCCAUUCAACCAAUGAAAUUAUUGCGCCAAGUUGGUGGUUCUCUGAAUGAAGAAGAUUUGUAUGUAGACAAAUUGAAUUGGGAGCAUGAACAUUUGGCUAAAAUAUGGCAAAGGAAUGAUGAAGGGGUAAAUACAAAUUCAGCUGAGAUCCCAGAAAGCAAAAUCAAUGCCACUGCAGGAAAUGCCAAUGAGAAGGAAAUAACAAAUGAAGAAAAUCGUCAUGAUGAAGACAAGGAAAUUGUGGAAAAGAAAAAUUUGAAAAAUCUACAAAAUAUGAAUGCCACUACUCCCUCUACUCCUCAGUCAACAGCAUCCUCCACAUUGUCUGCUAAUAACGCAGCCGCCUACAAAAGGGUCCAGCAAUUUUUAAAUAGUUCUGCUGCCAAAUUGAAAAUAGCAGCAAAUCGUAAGCGACGUCAUUCUGCCUCUCAGAAUUUCUACAAGAAUCACAAUCUUCACAGUAAUAAUAAUAAUAACAAUAAUAACAACAAUGAUAAUAUUACUGACUUGAAUCGUUACAAAUUCGAUGACAAAAUGUCCGCAACUAAUGAAAUGCCUUUGGCCACGGCAAACAACAAUGAAGUCACUCCCAAACAAACCAUUAUCACAUGCAAAUAUUGGACCACCAGCACAAAUGGCACUCAGGCUUCUAUGGAUUCGGCUGCGGCAGCCAUGAUGCUAUUGGCUGCCGCUGCAAACAAAACAACUAUAAUAGAUGGCAGUGAUGGUGUUGAUAUAAUGACAGCUGCUGCCACCACCACAAACUCCCAUUACGAUGAGGAGGAUACCCACGAUGAAGGCAUCAUGUUGGACGAUAAUACAUUUGGUAAUACCUUUUCUUGUCUUAUUGAUAAAAAUGCCUCUAUCUUGAAACAUGUAACCAUGAUGACUCGACCCCUUACACGCUAAAAAA